AUGAGGCGCCGGCCAUCCUCCUGUAAUGAUCUGGGGGAGUCGCUGCUUCAUGCCACAUCCGACGCGCACUGCCUGCCAGCAGUGCAGGGCCACUUGGACAGAAGACGGAAGAGCGGCCUCCAAAAGCCCUACAUCCCCAAGUGGAUAAUAGACCCCCAUGCCGACUGGUACUGCAUCUGGUGGGGGGUUACCAUUGCUGGAGCGGGCUUCACAGGAUUCUACGAGCCGUGGAUCGUGGCUUUUCUACCCCACUCAGAGCGCUAUUCGUGGGCAUCCCCGUCAUCAAUCAUCUUCAUGGGUCUGCACUUGCUGUAUGCGAUUGACAUUGUCAUCAGCUUCCGAGUGGCCUUCACUGAGAACGAGGUCCUCAUCACCAACAAGGCAGACGUGGCCAAAAACUACCGCAGGACUCGGUUCUACUGGGACAUGGCAGCCUGGCUGCCACUGGACUACCUGGCCCUGUGGGUGCUGGGUGACUUCCAUGCCGGGCAGAGCAUAAUCGCCAGGGUGCCACUGCUGAGACUGCUCCGAAUGAUCCGGCUGUACCGCGUGCGCUGGUUCUUUGAGCACCUGGAGUUCAACCUCACCAUGUCCCUGCUCUGGGUCACGCUCAUCAGGAACCUCAUAUAUGUGUUCUAUGUGACGCACUGGUCGGCAUGCAUGUUCUAUUUCAUAGCAGUGCAAUACGGCCUGGACCAUGACACCUGGAUUGGGCGCCACUUUGACGAUGUGUUUGACCUGAGCCUGCCAGUCAGGUAUGCCUUCUCACUGUACUGGGCCAUCACCACGCUGGCAACAGUCGGAUAUGGGGACUUCUCUGCAGUCAACACCGCAGAGGCGGUGUGGGCCACGAUGUACAUGUUCUUCAAUCUGGCGCUGGGCGCGUACGUACUGGGAACCAUCACACUGCUGGUGGUGAAGCAUGACGAGCGCACCGGGCGCUACAGAGACCUGUCCACAAAUCUGAAGGAGUACAUCGCCGUCAAUGAGAUCCCUGAGGAUCUGAAUGACAGCAUGCACUCCCACCUGCGCCUGCACUUCAACAAUGAGGAGGCCUCAGACGAGCAGGUGCUGCAUAUAUUUCCUACCACAAUUCGGCGCCGCAUUCUGCGCCACCUGUACCUGCGCCACGUGCGGGGGGCGUACCUCUUCAAGGGCGUACGCCAAAAGUUCCUCGACUCGCUGCUCAGCGUCGCGCGCAUCGAACUCUUCAUGCCGCAGGUGGAGAUCCUGUCGGAGGGCGAUUCUGUGAACGAGCUGAUGCUGCUGGUGGGGGGAAUGGUGGAAGUGCUGCGGCCGGGGCAGGAGGCCGAGGAGCUGACCAUCGAUUUGGACGGCCACUCGAGCAUCCGCGGCGGCUCCUACAGCAGAUCGCUGUACGGGGCGGGGGACGCGUUUGGGGAGGUGGCCUUCUACACGGAGGUAGCGCAGUUGGAGACGGUGCGCAGCGUCAGCGUGUGUCGGAUAUUAGUUGUGCCACGUGGCGCCUACAACUCCAUCGCCGCCGCAUUCCCCAUCGGCGCACGCACCGUUCUUACCAACCUUCUUGCGCGCGCCCACGAGAACGUGCAGGAGCAGUUCCGGGGCCGCGGCGGCGCGCAUGCGUACAACACCAUCAUGCUGCACUCGGCUCCGACCAUCCCAUCCAAACUUAAAUUCAAAUGGGCCGCGCCAGAAUUGGUGGAGGGCGCCCUCAUAGACGAGCCCCCAGGUACGGGUGUGAGGGCGGGCCCGGUGGCCACUCUGCAGAGCGUUGCUUCGGGGUCGUCCGGCGGCGCAUCUCCCCGUGACCUGCCUGCUGCGGCCGCAGGGACACAGGAGGCCGCACCGCAGGCGGCGCCACAGCAGCAAGUGCCGCCGCCGACGCCGUUUUCAGCCGCUACCAGUUUCAAUUUCGCGCAGCUGUCAGCCAUGCGCGCUUCGGAGGCUGAUGGCUGCGGGGGCUCUGAUCCGAGCGAUGCCGGCCGCCCAGCUUUGAGGGGGAGGAGUGGUGAACUGUCAGGGCGACCGCCUCGGGCGCAGCCGCCCUCCGCCGGCUCAACAGUCAACGGUGGCAAUUCUAUUCCUGGCCUGACUCACCGGCAGGAGAUGGCAAUGGCGAACCUGCUGCGGGUGAGGAGCAUGGUGCAACAGACACUGGCGCGGCAGGACGCAGAACGCACCAACCAAUUCCUGUAUGCCGCCAGCCAGGGUGACGCGGCGAAAAUCCGCCAGAUGUUGCACCAGGGGUUUGCGCCCGACAGCGCAGACUACGACAGCCGGACGGCCCUGAUGCUGGCGGCGGCCAAGGGGCACGCUGACGUGGCGGUGGCGCUGAUCUCAGCGGGCGCUGACGUCAGCGCCAAGGACAGCCUGAACAGGAACGCCCUCAUGGAAGCCUGCAUCCACGGCCACGCUGACAUCGUCGAGCUGCUGCGCCGCCAGGGAGCCAUGCUGGGCCAGGACAGGGUUGCAAUGGCCUCGCAGCUGUGCACGUGUGUCUUUGAGGGGGACCUGCCGCUGCUGCGGCGGCUGGUGUCGGCUGGCGCGCCGGCCGAUGCCGGGGACUACGACAAACGCACCGCGCUGCACAUCGCCGCGUCAGAAGGCAACACCGCUGCGAUCCGGCUUCUGGUGGAGGAGGGCGGCGCGGACGUGAACGUGCGCGACAGGUGGGGGAACACUCCGCUAGACGAGGCCCAGCGAGUUGGCGCACGCCCCUGCGCCACCUACCUGGAACAGCGGCUGGCCCGAGUGCCGCAUGACAACGCCGGGCGACGGACGCACGCGCUGACUCCGCUCGAGGAGAACCGGCGGCGCUGA